CACGAACCGAAACCCCCCCCACGUCCACAUCGUCUUUUGAAACUUUUUACAUUUGAGUUCAGUAACAGACACGACACGAAGGCAGCAGCAGCCAUGAGUCUCUCCGCCACCGACAAGAGCAACGUGAAGAAACUUUGGGCCAAAGUUGAGAAACAGAUCGACGAGAUUGGUGCCGAAAGUCUGGGCAGGAUGCUGGUCGCGUACCCACAGACUAAGACCUACUUCGCUACGUGGAAGGGCGAGCUGAACGUCCAGAACGAUCAAGUGAGGAAACACGGCGCGAAAAUCUUGAAUGCUGUGUCCAAGGCCGUGAAAGAGAUCGACAAUCUCACCACGGCCCUGAGCAAGCUGAGCGAGCUGCACGCGACCAAGCUGCAAGUGGAUCCUGGCAACUUCAAGCUUCUGGCCCACAAUCUGAUCCUGGUCCUGGCCAUGUACUUCCCUGCAGACUUUACUCCUGCUGUGCACCUCUCUGUUGACAAGUUCCUGGCGGCCGUCGCCUUGGCUCUGUCUGAGAAUUACCGCUAAACUGCGGCAGCAGCAGCGGCGACUGCCUCCUGCUGGUAACACAUGAAACCCACGUUGGUGCUUAGUCAAUAAAAAAAAGCACCAAUUAAAAAUAAUAAUAAAAUGAA